UUUUCGUUUAUUUAGGAAACGUCAGGAACUUGCGAAGGAGAGAUAUUUGAUUAUUUUUUACAUUUCGGUAUUAUUAUUUAGUACUUUUGUUCUAGUUACUGCAGGGAAAACAAUUUUUCUGCAAAUUUCUAAUUGUUUAUCCAGUUAAGAUAUGGCUGGGUCUGCAUUAAGACGUCUUAUGGCGGAAUACAAACAACUAACUUUAAAUCCUCCUGAAGGUAUAAUUGCUGGUCCUGUCAAUGAAGAAAAUUUUUUUGAAUGGGAAGCUUUAAUCACCGGCCCUGAAGGGACUUGUUUCGAAGGAGGCGUAUUUCCUGCAAAAUUAAUAUUCCCUUCUGAUUACCCUCUUAGUCCUCCCAAAAUGCAAUUUAGCUGUGAAAUGUUUCAUCCUAAUAUAUACCCUGAUGGCCGAGUGUGCAUUUCAAUUCUUCAUGCACCAGGUGAUGACCCCAUGGGUUAUGAAUCUUCGGCGGAAAGGUGGAGUCCAGUGCAAAGUGUUGAAAAAAUUCUUUUAUCUGUUGUGUCCAUGUUAGCAGAGCCGAACGAUGAAAGUGGAGCAAAUGUUGAUGCCGCUAAAAUGUGGCGAGAAGAUAGAGAACAAUUUAAUAGAAUAGCAGAUCGCUUGGUUCGUAAAUCUCUAGGCUUAACUAGUUAAAUUGCUUCACCUCUUUUUCAAUUCUGUAAAUUUAAGAGACAUUCCUCCACAGUUCACAUAUAUAUGUAAAUAAAUUUAUUGAUAUUAAA